CAUGCCACUAAACUUCCAGUUUAAUUUUGGCCCAUAGUGAUUUUACAUGUUACCUUUUCUCAAUGUUAAAUUUCUGCUCUACAGCUCUGUACAGCUCACACACUUUGAGCCAGACUGGUCAGAUAGGAGUGAGAGGAGGAUGUAAAGGAGCAGGUGAGGGAAGAGAAACAAUGACAACUACAAAAAUGAAUGUUACACUCAAACAAGAAGGUGAGAGGGGGGUAUUUGAGGAGAGAAGUCUUUGUUAUUUGGAUAUGAUUUUAAUUUAGGCUGUGAAUGAGGUUUCCUGUGUAAAAGUGUAGAGUUUAAAAAGCCAGAGGAGUUUCCGGGUCGUCUUUUGACACCAUACAUGUAUGAGGUAAAGCCGCUAUCUUGUAGAGGGUGAAUAUUACCAAUUACAUCAACACUGUCUUCUAUUUUCCCCCACAUCCUGUCUUUUUCCUGCUAUCUCUCCCUCCUUUUAUAAUAGUUAUACUGUUUCUUGUGAACCCUAUUUUCCUGGCCUGAUCUAACCAAAUUUAUACACAGUGAAAAAGAUACUUGUCUCAUUUGUUUUUUUCUUUUUUCUUUUUAUACAUUCUGUAUCUAACUGUCCACUGCUGUUUUUUAAAACUGUAAUAAGCUGAGUUGAUUUAAUACAAUGCGUUUAUGUAUGAGGACCAGAGAAACUUCUGGUGAAAUAAACUCAAUGCGUUUGAAUUGACUUUCUACACACUGUAUCUGUAUUCUGCCAGCAAAAGUGGCACUGCUCACUUCCAAGUAGUGUAGCUCCGAUAUGGUAUCUGAGUAUUAUGAGCAAUGGGUUAGUCAGUAGUCAGUCUGUUUUUAGCCUCUGUAGGGGGCGGCUAGGCUGGUGUAUGUUUGUGUUUUGUGUUUUUUCCCCCCUGAUAUAUAAAAAUAAGAAACAGGACAAAAGUAUCGUAAAUAUGUUGAUUGCUGAUAAUCAAGUGUUUCUAUAAGUUGACUGGAAAUUAUGAAAUGCAGAGAAAUCGAGAUUGAGGAGUUUAAUGUGCUUCACAAGACCAGUAGAUUAAACUGAAUAAAGUCCUCUGCAAAGACUGGGAAAAGAGUUGUUUAUCGGGUGGUUAAUUUUAAUAGAAUAUAAUAAAACUGCAUUUAGCUGCUUGGCAAAUGUACAUGGAUAUAAUUUCAUUAUCUUUAUUAUGUAGAAAACAAAUUGUAUUACUGGUUAGAAAAAAUGGUCUCUGAGUCUCAGUCCUAAGUAACUACAGACUACCUGAUGCAUGUUGUGCAAAAAAUGUCUGAAAAUGAAUUCCAAACUGACUAAUACUUUUUACGGUGCCAGGAAAAAUUUGUUAACAAGCGGAGCUCAACAGUAAGGAUUCUUUUUAAUUUUCUGGUCCUGUCUGACCAGUAAUUCUGAUUUUUAUGUACCCUGCGACAAAAGAAUGAUCAGUUUUAAUUUUUAGCACUGUAUUUGCUAGAAGUCAACUUGUACAACUUUAUUAUUUUUUUUCACCCACUGAUAAUGCCCCAGCUCUCUAACCUUCUUUUUUAUCCUUUUUCUUUCUCACACACCCCUCUUUGAUUUAAUGCCAUCUAUAACUUUCUAAGCUGCUCUAUCAGCUGCUUUCUCUCGCCUUAUAAACAGUCCUCUCGCUUUUCUGUCUUUGCAACUGUAACUCUCACGCUCUUAAUGUCAUUAACAGGUGCUUGUCCAAAAUAGAACCCUUGCCCAUAUACACACACACAAACAUCCGUGGAUCAGCUGACAUACACUCGACUUUCUUUCCCACAGACGUGCAAAACUCUCACUGACAUACACUGAAAAAUGUAAAAUCUGUCCAUGCGCAGAUAAAUACUCUUGCAUGAACCAUCUGCUUGAUGAUUGAGCUGUCAAACAUUCAUACUGUCAUACAUAGUCUCCACAACUUGAUUUCAUGAGCCCCAGUCCCAGUUUUCUCCACCCUUCUUUUUUUCUCUCUCUUUCUCUCUAGCUCUCUUUACGUCCCUCCUUCUCCUCCCCUCUCAGCUGAGUUUCAUGUAUGUAGUCAUCAGAUCUGCACCCACACAGAACAGGUUCAUCAAAAAAAGGAAUGCAUCAUCUUUUUACAGCUCUAUAAGGCCUCGAUCCAGUGUCUCUCAUCAAGUCAUUCUUUUCAUCUACCCAUUAUUCCUGUCUAGUUUGUUAUCAAACAGUCUUGUGUUUGUAGACGGCAGUUAAUUCCCACUCUACGCUCUUCAGAAAUGACCCCCUGUCACUUGAAUUUCUUGCACGCUGGAUUCUUUUUAAAUCACAGAACAUUGUAAUAAUUUCCUGUUCCUUUUUGAGCUUUCUAUUAAUAUACUUCUCUGCGUGCUCAUUAUUUAUCCAUCCGCCUAACUCCAGACUCUAGUCUCCUGUUUUUUGCUUUAGUUAUUUGUUUGUCCCCUUUCUUGACUUUGCCUCUGGGAAUUUCCUUCUUUCAUCUCCAACUAUUGUAGCUGCUAUGUGGUCCAACUUUUUUUUGCAACAGGAAGACGACGGGAGAGUAGGUACGGCAGCUUUGGGUGGACUUGGCGGUAAGAGCGGGCGUUCAGGUGAACGGCCGAAGCCCCCUCGAAUGAGUGACAGCCAGGAGGGCAAGAUCAAGCUGGCAUUUUUUGUCGCCCUCAUAGGCGUGACUCUGACGGUACUUGGCAUGGGUACAGAGUUCUGGGUGGAGUUAUCUCAGCCAAAACACUCCAGGAACAACCAGACAUGUGAGAUGGCACAUUACGGCCUUUGGAAAUUAUGCGUUCGCACGCUAUGGGUGUCAGAUAUUGACCCGGAGAGAGAGAGCUGUGGACCUGCAGAACUACCUGGAGAAUCAAACUGCACAUACUUUAAAUUCUACACUUCUGGAGAGAAUGCUGUCAUAUUUAAGAAAACAACAGAAAACCGUUUGCAUAUAGCUGGUGCAAUGUUGGCUUUGUUCAGUUUGUUUCUGAUGAUCAUGGGCUCUGUGUGUAUCACUAUGUCUCUCAGUAAGAGUGUGCCCUUCUUCCUCAAGCCUGCUACUAUCUGCUUCAUCUUCUCAGGUGUCCUGGUCUUCUUGUCCAUCAUAGUUUUCCACCAGUCUGUGCUGGCGUUAUUGGCAAGCGAUCACAGUAUCCCUCUCCAUCACCAGUUGUCCUGGUCAGUGGCAUGCCUUGGCUCGGCUGGGGCCAUUCUCAUUUUUGGAGGGCUUAUAUUCCUGUUGCUUUCCCUCCCCUACAACGCCCUGGAGAAAUGUUUUCGUCAGCAGAGCAGUAGUGAUGCCUAGCUCAGGGGGACUGCCGUGAGUUAAGUAGCACAAGAUCUUUUAUACUCUUAUGCUGUUUGUGGAGAUUAACUGAUGUUAUAAAGGACUCUCAAAACCUAAUGUUCAUAAUGUUUUGCAAUAACUAGCAUUAGUUUGCUUAUCAGUAAGAUUAUAGACUUUAAUGCUCAUACACCGACUCUGAAAUUUGAACUGAUAUUUCUAUGAUGGUUAUGUACAUAAAAUCAGUGACCAACAGAUCUGUUUACUGUCUUUAAAGGCUUCAUUUACACAAAAUGUUGUGCUAUUAUGCAUUGUCCCUGUGCAUUGGUAUAAGAAACCUUAUUUGAUUACUAGGCAUAUAAUACUGACUUAUCAGGUAUCUGUGGUUUGAAAGUGUACUUUUUUUUUAAUUUUUUUAAAUAGGCCAUCCUAUCAUUGCUAAAGGCACGUUCACACCAAGUGUCAUUAGUGUCAGAUAACGUUCUGCUUAUUAUAAGAGCACGCUGCAGUUUUGUCGUACGCCGCCUUAAAUAAAAAAAAAUCAUCAUGAAAAUGAU